AUAAUACAUUAUACUUUUCUUUUUUUAAUCUUUUGUACUUCUGAGGAUUCUGUAGCUAUGUGGGAGGACAAGGGCAUAGCAAAAAAAUAAAUGUACAGAGUAACCUGUUGAACUGUGAACAUGACAAUGAGUAUCAUGAAUCUCUCAUUACUUUGCACUGGUUGUGUGUACCUGUCCGACAGCUUCCCCAUCAGGACUCGCUUACUUAACUCACCAGAUCCAGAUUCUGCUCUUCCGAUCUCCAAACAGCUGGUUCUUUACAGAGCAGAUCACACAUUUCAGUAACUAAUCGUACUGGAUGGUUUAUGUGUCAGUGCCUUGAGUAAGAAGCAGGCACAGUGUAAUUUUAGAAUAGAAAACCCUUUCUAAACACGUCUACUGGUGCAUACAGAAAUGUUCAUGUCCUCUGCUUUUUCAUCCAUUAUUGGGAGCGUUUUCUUCGCACCAGAAUGUCAGAAGGGGACAGUGUUGGGGAGUCAAUCCAUGGGAAACCAUCUGUAGUUGGUGCCUUUUUCACACGGAUUGGACAGGUCUAUCAGUCAUGGCUAGACAAGUCAACGCCAUUCUAUGUAGCGCGAUGGGCAGCUACUCUCCUACUUACUGCCAUCUACAUGAUCAGAGUGUACAUACUGCAGGGUUGGUAUAUAGUAACGUAUGCAUUGGGAAUCUACCAUCUCAACCUGUUCAUCGCUUUUCUAUCGCCAAAAGUGGAUCCCUCAAUGCUUGACGAAGAUGACGGCCCAUCCCUUCCCACCAAGCAAAACGAGGAGUUCCGCCCUUUCAUCAGAAGGUUGCCUGAAUUCAAAUUCUGGCAUUCAGCAACGAAAGGCAUCGUCAUCGCCAUGAUUUGCACAUUUUUCGAAGCCUUCAAUGUACCAGUGUUCUGGCCCAUACUUGUAAUGUACUUCAUCAUGCUCUUCUGCAUCACCAUGAAGAGACAGAUCAAGCAUAUGGUCAAGUACAGAUACCUGCCAUUCACACAUGGCAAGCGGACAUACAAAGGCAAGGACGAAACAGGGAAAACGUUUGCCAGUUAGAAUCUCCCCCUUUCCCCUCCUCAUUUUAAAUUUAUCGGUCACAGUUAAUGGGGAGAGACAAGGGUUAGGGUUGAUUUACCUUUUUUCUAAGUGGGACAUUAACAUGAAAAUAUGACAUGAAAAAUAAAAAUGUUGAUCCAGAUGAGGAUAUGACCAGCAUGGAUCAGAUUAGUCUGGGAACAUUGCCUUUGUCUAUUUAGGGGUUGUUGUUUUUUUUUCUUCUUCUUGAGGACCCGAUCCUCAUUUUAGGAUUGGUCUGCUAUUGUUCAGUAGUAGGUGACACUCAGUGCUGCCUUUUUGCCUUUUUAACCCAAUGGGGUAAGUAUAAAGUCACCAAGGAGAAACUACACUGAAAAAAAAAUGCCGUAAAAUUUGGGUUUUUUCUUUUUUUUCAAUGAUUGGUAUUCCAUCACGUCUUCUUCUCCCAAGUGAAAUACAUCUGCCAACUUUUGAUUAAUAUAUUGGUACCUACUUAUUUGUAACAAGUUAUAUUAAAAGGCCGUAGUGUUAUGAACAGGACAUGAUUAAAUGUGUAAGCUGAAAGAAACUCAUCUUUUGUGAUAAAUGAAGUGUCUCAGCCAGUCCUCUGUACUACGUGCAGACACUUUGGAAAAUUAGUCACAUUUUACUUGAAUAUGCAUUCAUGACAGGAAGAAAAACACAAUCCAUCUUUUGAAAUGAUUAGCCUACACCCAAUGCAAAUCUUUUUAGAUUCCUGUUUCUCUUGAAUUGGCUUCUAACCCAACCUUUGUUACCUGAUUCUCACUAGCACAGCCAGUGCAGCAAGCGCCAUUACGGAUGAUUAACAGGGACUUGACUUAAAUCUUGAGCCACCCACCACAUUGUUGAAUGCGUUACUCAUAGUGACCCAUUUAGUCUCCUAAAGACCGUGCCUGUGUUCUACAUGAAAUCAGUUGUACAUUAGCGCCUUUGUAGAAAUGAGUUACUAUUUCAUGAACCAGAUUGCUUCACAUCAAUAUUUAAGGACGCAUCUAUGCGUUUGAAAUUGUUUUCCACCAGAUCUUAUGUCCAUUGUUGUCCAAAAUAUAAUUUUAUUUUCAAAUUGCACAGCCAGUAUUCAAGUCUCUAUCCAUAACGAGGUCCAAUCUGAACUAAUAGUCAAGCAGUUAUACAUCUAUCUCAAAGACCUUUUCUCUUCGAAACAUUUACCUAUCUGGGUUUUAGAGCCUGGGAUCCGUUCAAUUUAUGUAGACUAGCUGUUUUAGUACUUUAAAAUCUAUGUUUACUUUGAAAAACAUUAUGGUAAAUAGUCAUUCCAAGCAAACGUCUGUUCUCUUUCUUUUGCAGAGGAAACAUAAGAACACAGAGAUUGAGAACUUUUAUUAUAACAAAUGGAUGAAGUGGGUGGCGAUCACUUUUCUAUGAACCUGUUGAUUUGUUUUUCUCCAUUUUUAUCAGAAUGCUGGGGAUUAUCUGUCAUUAAACUUUGAUCAGCACUGUAGUAAGGGAUCAAAACAUUUUCCUGUAAAAAGUUUGUUUCAAAGGGUCGUCUGUAGGAUUUGUGUGUGUGUGUGUGUGUGUGUAUAUAUAUAUAUAAAUAUAUUUGAAAAUAUGAUUACCCUUUUUUUUUUAGAUUAUUUUUAUUUUAGUUUUUUCUUUCAACCAUCAUACUGUUUCAAAGUGUUUAAAUCCAUUUCCUUUGAUUGAUGCAAGCAGAACUGGUAAUUUGGGUUCUAUAUUGGAUUGAUUAAAUAUGUUUCUCAUAGACUGCAUGUUAUCGUUUUCCUGUGCUACAGUUAUAAACAAACUUGAUUUUAACAACUUCAGUGUAAUUUUUUUUUCACUCCAAAUGCUAUUAAACAGGCUGUGUCCCUUCAAAAUGUA